AUGGCGGAUGGACAGAAACUGUACGCUCCCAAUUACUACAAGCUUUCCAACCGCUGGGGCAUCAAGAUAGGCAAGAAAGAGGUUUGCAGUGUAGGUGGCAGCAUCUACCCCAAGGAGACAACGAAAGAAAUUAUCGACGUGGCCUAUGAGGAGUUGAAAAAGGGUGUUUCCAUUGAAAAGGUCCGAGCGAUGAUUGCCGAAAUGAAGAAUGCUUUGCGCGACAAGCUCUUGAAGAAGAAAGAUGCUGAGGCUGAGGUUGAACCUGAGCCAACAGGAGAAGCGACAGUUUUCAUGGACGCUGAGUUUGUGGAGGCUUUUAGGUGCAAAGGGUCUGGUAUCUACCUGACUGCUCAAGUUCAUCGGCGACAUUGGGCGAAUCGACACUCUGUGUCUCGGACGCCCCUGCCGGUGGCGCUGCAACGAACGCCGAUCACUUCGGCUGCUGCGAAGCAGAAGUGGGUCGUUGGCAUCCUCCUAGGGGCGGCUGUGCCAAAGCGCCGAAGGUCAGCCCUAAAUCGUGGUUUGCGCAUUACCUGGCCCAGCGCAGGAGGCAAAGAUGAGCUGAUCACUGGUCAGGAGCUGAGUAGCUUGGAUUGGAUCCGAAGAAUGAGAACUUGGUGGGAGGGCUUCUCCGCCCGAUGGACGUCCGAGGAGGUGGUGUCCUUGAAUGAGGAGGACGUGGCCCUUCUCAACGAGCAGAUGGAGAUACUACACACGUCCUCCGAGGUGGCCGAAGCCCGGGCUUUGAAGGCUGAAGAGCGGCUGGAUCAAACUGAAGCCCAGUUGAGGUUGGAGCUCCAGGAGAAAAAGCUUCUCCAAAAGCAACUGCAGAAAGCUCGUCAGCAGUUGAAGUUGAUGACCCGUUACUGCGAGGAUUUGGAGGAGGAGGUGGAUGCGUCACAUGCGUCCGAGAAGAAGCUGAAGGCCGAGCAAAAGGAAUGGCGUGCUCGAACGAAGGAGCUGAAUGAUCUUCUACUCCGAAUGCAAGAGGUCGCUGGGGAAGCUGCCACAGAGGAGGAGGCUCCUCAGGCUCCGACGGUCUUCGAAACGUUUAUGGAUGCGCAGGUCUUGGAGUCGGGGCUCAUUCCGGUCAGCAGCAUGACCUUGGAGGAGUUGCAGGAAGAAUGCGUGGUGCGUGGCCUGUCCACCAAGGGCGGCCUCGCCGCCGUGCGGGGACGCGUGCGCGUGGCGCGCGCCAAAGAGGACCAGCAGAAGUGA